AUGGCAAUGCCAAAUGAUGAUAUCAUUUCAUCGCAUCUUCAUGGUGGUAUUUUAGCUUCAGCAUUAGCUGAUUUACAAAAAUAUGAUAAUUAUAAUGAGAAGAUUGGUGGCAAUUCAAUUCCUGAAUUUCGAUCAAAAUCAUUCUUAAUUAAUGCUACAACUAAUCCAACAAAAGAAGUAAUCAUAACACCACAACUUACAUCUGUUUAUAAUUCACCUUUAUCAACUUAUCGUGGUAUAAUUGGUACAGCAUUACGAAAUGAAAUUUCAACUACCACUGAAAACGGUUAUAUUCCAUCACAAUACGAACAACAAUCAUUUCCACUCACAAAAAGGCUACCUAUUUCAUUAAAUGAUCCUAAAUCAAUGACAAAUUCAUUUGAUCAUACAUUAAGUACCACUAAUGACGGUUCAACUUUACAAUCAGCACGGAUCAUCGGACAACAAAAAGGAAAUAAACGUGGAAUGAUUAGUAAAUGGUUACAAGAUAUAACUGAAUCAACACCUGAUUUAAGUAGCAGAAAAGAAAUUGCUGAUGUACUGAUUAGUCCACGUACUGGAAUAUUAGGAUUAUUGUUGAAGAAGAAGAAAGGGAAAUUUCGUGAUACACAGACUUGUAAGUCAUCAAAUAGUCUUUCAUCUAGUUUGGACCCAACAGUUAGUGAAACAAAUUCAUUUACUAAAGAAUCUCGAAUAUCACAAAAAAAUCAAUCGUUGUUAAGUUUGAAAAGACAUGAACGAAGUCAUGAUAAGCAUUUAUCAUUGGAAGAUCUUGAUUGCCCAUCUGUUCUUCCAUCACCUGGAUCAACACAAAGUAGAUUAUCGAGAAGAGAUGAAUCGAGAAAAAAUCAAAAAGCAAAUUAUAAGAAAUGGUCAAUUCAGCAGAGCACAUCAAAAGAAUCAAAAAGUUCGAGCACUUCUACAAAAUUAUUAAUUGAUGAAGAUGAAUAUAGCAAAAAUUUACCAUCUAAGCUUUUGUUGCACGCAAUGAAAUGUGAAUGGUCAAUUGUGGAACAAAUUUUAAAUAAUGAAGAAAAUAUUGAUCUUACAGUCACAGAUCCACUUGGUUUUACAGUUUUAUUUUACGCAGUUAAAAGUUGUAAUGCAUCAAUUUUCAAUAAAUUACUCAAUCGUGGAGCACUUCUUGAGACAAUAACAAAAGAUGGGCGAACGAUUGCACAUAUUGCAGCAAUGUAUGGAAAUGAGGGGAUAAUACGGCAGCUAUUGAACUGUAAAAUUGAUUUCAAAUUAGGUGAUAAAACAUUCAAUCAAACGCCACUGCAUUUAGCAUGCAAGCGUACGUCAAAACGUGGCUUUCGUGUGACGCAAUUAUUGUUAAAAUAUUGGGAAGAUGGUCGUCUUGUUGAAGACUUGCAAAAAUGUUUACCAAUACAUUACGCAGUAAAAUGUGGUAAUUUGGAGACAGUUAAAUUACUAUUAGAAGUAAAUGAAAGUAAUCAAUUAAAGCAUAUUGAUAGAAAUGGCGAUUCGCUAUUGCAUCUUGCAUGUCGUUCAGGUGACAAUGAUAUGUUGCAAUUUCUUUCCAGUUAUAAUCAAAUUGAUGUGAAUAUUGCAAAUUCAAACGGUUGGACAGUACUUCACGAAGUUGCAUUGAAAGGAAGUGUACCUUCAUUAAGGAUUUUACAUAAAUUAGGAGCUAAUGCAAAUAUUUUCGAUAAGGAAGAUCGAACGCCGUUGCAUAUUGCAGCAGCUGCUGGACGUACGAAUAUUGCUCAGUUAUUGAUUGAAAAGUUUGGUGGAUCAGUACGUGCUCGUACACGUGAUGGCAGUACGUUGUUGCAUGUUGCCGCCUUAAGUGGACACGCUUCAACUGCAUUAACAUUCCUAAAACAUGGUGUACCUCUUUGUAUGCCAAAUAGACGAGGUGCUUUGGGUUUGCAUUCUGCAGCAGCUGCUGGUUUUACCGAUGUUGUUCAGUUGUUAAUUGCUCGAGGAACAAAUGUUGAUAUUAAAACUAGAGAUAAUUAUACAGCAUUACACGUUGCAGUGCAGGCUGGUAAAGCAUCUGUUGUAGAAACAUUACUAGGAUAUGGCGCAGAUGUACAUGUUCAUGGUGGCGCAAUUGGUGAAACAGCUUUGCAUAUUGCUGCAUCAUUAACUACAGAUGAUGCAAUCGAAUGUGCGGUAAUGUUAUUAAAAAGUGGUGCGCAAACAAACGUUACACGUAAUGACGGUGAAACGCCAUUACAUAUUGCGGCACGAAAUCCACUAAGCGGAAUGAUACGUUUACUAUUAAGUGAAGGCGCUGAUCCAAAAAUUUGUUCUAACAGCAGUGAAAGUGUUUUGCAUGUGGCAGCAAAGAGUUGUAAUAGUGAAGCAGUAACACUUAUCCUAGAAUACCUUUCUCAACAAAUGUCACCUGAAGAAAUUAAGGAAUUUAUCAAUGCUCGAACUAUUGAGGAUGGUUUAACAGCAGUACAUUAUGCAGCUCAGAUUACUUCGGAUCAAUUACAUUUUCCUGGUGAAGAUGCAAAAUUGAUUGAAACACUUAUCGACUACAAUGGUCAACCAGAGCUUCAAACAUAUAAGGAGCAAGAAACAGCGAUGCAUUUGGCUGCACGAUCAGGUAAUGAAGCUGCUUUGCUUGCUAUUGUUGAUAAAAUUGGCGCUGGAGCGGUGCAAAUUGUUCAAAAUAAACAAUCUAAGAAUGGCUGGUCACCGCUAAUGGAGGCAUGCGCUCUCGGACAUUUCAGUGUUGCGCAAAUUCUCCUAGAUCAUCAUGCUCGAGUUGAUGUUUUCGACGAGAAUGGUCGAACAGCAUUACAUUUAGCUGCUGCUAAUGGUCAUUUGAAGUUAACACAGCUAUUACUGACCAGUAAAGCAUUUGUUAACAGUAAAUCAAAAACUGGUGAAGCGCCAUUACAUCUAGCAGCACAGAAUGGUCACGUUAAAGUGGUCAGUGUCCUGGUGGAACAUCACGGCGCCUUAUUGGAAGCAAUAACAUUGGACAAUCAGACAGCAUUGCAUUUCGCGGCACGCUAUGGACAAUUAACUGUUGCGCAAACAUUACUUGCACUUGGCGCAAAUCCAAAUGCACGAGAUGAUAAAGGACAAACACCGCUUCAUCUAGCAGCUGAAAAUGAUUAUCCAGAUGUAGUGAAAUUAUUUUUAAAAAUGCGACAAAAUAAUCGAGCAGUAUUGACAGCAAUUGAUUUAAAUGGUUUCACAUGUGCGCAUAUAGCUGCAGUGAAAGGAUCAUAUGCAGUUGUUAAAGAAUUAAUGAUGAUUGAUAAAGCUAUGGUUAUUCAAGCAAAGACAAAAACAAUGGAAGCAACAGCAUUGCAUAUGGCAGCAGCUGGUGGACAUAGUAGAAUUGUUAAAAUUUUACUUGAACAUGGUGCUAAUGCUGAAGAUGAAAAUGCUCAUGGUAUGACUGCGCUUCAUUUGGGUGCUAAAAAUGGAUUUGUUCCAAUUCUUAAUGUUUUUGAUGAAUCACUGUGGAAGAAAUGUUCAAAAAAGACCGGUCUGAAUGCACUUCAUAUAGCUGCAUUUUAUGGCAAUUCAGAUUUUGUAAUGGAAAUGUUAAAACGUGUGCCAGCAAAUUUACGAUCUGAACCACCAAUUUAUAAUCAUUAUGUUGUGAAGGAAUUUGCAACUGAAUAUGGAUUUACUCCAUUACAUUUGGCAGCUCAAUCAGGACAUGAUUCAUUGGUACGGAUGUUAUUAAAUCAAGGAGUUCAGGUGGAUGCAACUUCAACUACUAUGAGUGUUAUACCACUUCAUCUGGCAGCUCAACAAGGUCAUAUCGCAGUAGUCGGCAUGCUUUUAUCACGAUCAACUCAACAACAACACGCAAAAGACUGGCGUGGACGUACGUCAUUACAUUUAGCUGCAAUGAAUGGACAUUAUGAAAUGGUCUCAUUACUUAUUGCUCAAGGAUCAAAUAUCAAUGUCAUGGAUCAGAAUGGAUGGACCGGGAUGCAUUAUGCUACUCAAGCAGGUCAUUUGAAUGUUAUCAAAUUGUUUGUAAAGAGUUCAGCUGAUGCACAAGCAGAAACAAAAGAAGGAAAAGUACCAUUGUGUUUUGCUGCUGCACACAAUCAUGUUGAUUGUUUACGUUAUCUAUUAAAACAAAAUCAUGAUACACAUGCAUUAAUGGAUGAUCGAAAGUUUAUUUUUGAUCUAAUGGUUUGUGGUAAAGCGAAUGAUAAUGAGCCAUUAAAAGAAUUCAUUUUGCAAAGUCCAGCACCAAUUGAUACUGCUGUUAAGCUAUCAGCUUUAUAUCAUGAAAUGAGUGAAAAAGAAAAAGAACGAGCAAAAGAUUUAUUAAAUGUUUCGCAAUUCGCUGAAGAUAUGGCUGUUGAAUUGUUAGGUAUAACAGCAAGUGAAUAUAAUCCAGCAUUAUUAUUGAAAGCUAAAGAUAAUCGUGGACGACCACUUUUAGAUGUAUUAAUCGAAAAUGAACAGAAAGAAGUAGUAUCAUAUGCAUCAGUACAACGUUAUCUUACGGAAAUUUGGACCGGACGUGUGGAAUGGUCAUUUGGUAAAACGGUUGCAUUUACAUUAAUGGUACUUAUUUGUCCACCAGCUUGGUUUUAUUUUUCAUUACCGCUUGAUACACGUAUUGGACGUGCUCCUAUUAUCAAAUUUGUUUGUCAUAUUGUGUCACAUAUCUAUUUUACAAUUCUACUUACAAUUGUUGUUCUUAAUUUGACACACAAAAUUUACGAAGUAAAAAGUAUUAUACCGAAUCCAGUUGAAUGGUUAUUGCUUCUUUGGCUUUCCGGUAAUCUUGUUUCCGAACUAUCGAAUGUAGGUGGUGGUUCUGGUCUUGGAAUUGUUAAGGUACUAAUUCUUGUGCUUAGUGCAAUUGCAAUAGCAGUGCAUGUGCUUGCAUUUUUGCUACCCAUUUUAUUCAUGCAUCACUUAAAUGAUGAUGAAAAGAUGCAUUUUGUACGAACAAUGCUUUAUCUAAAAAAUCAACUAUUUGCGCUUGCCUUAUUAUUUUCAUUUGUUGAAUUUUUGGACUUUCUCACCGUGCAUCAUUUAUUCGGCCCAUGGGCUAUUAUUAUACGAGAUCUUAUGUAUGAUCUUCUUAGGUUUCUCGUCAUAUUACUGCUUUUCAUAGCAGGCUUUACUCUACAUAUCACUUCUAUAUUUCAGCCAGCAUAUCAGCCUGCGGAUGCGGAUGAUGCGCAAUGGAUGCGUCUCUCAUCACCGGAACAAACUCUUGAAAUGUUAUUUUUCUCAUUGUUUGGACUAGUGGAACCGGAUACAAUGCCACCACUUCAUUUAGUUCCUGAUUUUGGCAAAAUCAUUUUGAAAAUGAUUUUUGGUAUCUAUUUGUUGGUUACUUUAAUUGUCUUAAUAAAUUUACUGAUUGCAAUGAUGUCUGAUACAUAUCAACGAAUUCAAGCACAAUCGGAUAAAGAGUGGAAAUUUGGUCGUGCAAUCCUGAUCCGGCAAAUGAAUAAACGUUCUGCUACUCCGGCUCCUAUUAAUAUGCUAACAAAAUUGAUUGUUGUCCUUAAAGUUGCUUAUAGAAAUAAUUUAAAAUUAUGUACACAAAAAGCUCAACAAGAUCUUAGGCACGAAGAAAACAUUGAUGCAUUUUCAAUGAGCGGCGAUGCAGGGCGUCUUAGUCCGGCAAUUUUAGCUAGUGAUAAUAGUGCUGAAGUUCGACGUGGUCAAAAUGAAGAAUUAGGAAAAAGUGAUGAUUGGAAUAUUGAAACAAUAAUUGAUUGGAAACGUAUUGUUGAUAUGUAUUAUCAAAUAAAUGGUAAAGUUGAUGCAGAAGAUAUACACGUGGAAAUGCCAUCAUAA